GAACAUACAAGAAAACUUCCAAUGUGAAUCGAUGAAAGAAAACUUGAAGCUGGCGGAUGCAAGGAAUGUGCGAGCCAGUCUCCAAAAAGGAGUGAAAUUACAAAAGGCCAUCUUUGACGUUUUAUUGACUAUAAUUAGUUAUUUACAUCCUCUUUGUUUUACGGAAAUAAAAUGUUGUAUUGUAACUUGUAAGGUUAUGUUAUUGCGACUUGAACAUAGUUUACAUAGUAUUAUUAUUAAUUGGUUGUAUAUCCAAUAAAGCAUCUUAGGCUGUUUUAAUUCUCAAACGGCAAUAAUUUAAUCUAUGUCUUAGCGGUACUAUUAGAAAUUAUAAAUGCAAGAAAAUUUUGUUUCACAAUCUUUUCAUCAGACAAUACAGUACCUAUCUACAAAUAGCAUAAAAUGGGAAGUUCAAUUAUACUAGCAGGGCUGGGUUUGGCCGCAGUUGGAUUUGCUGGUCGAUUUGUUAUGAAGCAAUUACCAAAUGCAUCAAUAAAAUUUGCAGAAGCAGUAAAAAAUUUGCCCAAAUUUGAUGCAGAGAGCCUUGCAAAUUCUAAAUAUUACAAAGGAGGAUUUGAACCAAAGAUGACCAAAAGGGAAGCAGCCCUAAUUUUAGGUGUGAGCCCUACAGCAAAUAAAGCAAAGAUUAGAGAAGCUCACAGGAGAAUAAUGCUUCUAAAUCAUCCAGACAAAGGUGGAUCACCAUUAUUGGCAGCAAAAAUUAAUGAAGCCAAAGACAUAUUAGAUAGCGGAAAGUCAUGAGAAUGAUGAUAGCACACAGACUUCCUAAUAGAAUUUAAUAGUAACCAUAUAAACUAGUAACUAGUGGAAGUUUUAAAAAUUCGUGAACACACUAACAUUUUAAUGUCUGUGAUUAUUAAAACUAUAGUUACAAUAAAAUAUUUUAUUUUGUCAGUA